ACGUGACCCGCGCGGGCGCCGGGGCGGAGGCGCGCUCACCUGGGCCCACGUGACGGGGCGGGGCCCCGCCUGGCCGAAGACAGCGCUGCCACGCCCCCCUCCCGGGCGGCGCGCCCGGAGCCCGCGGACCCGAGCAGGGGCGGCGGCGGCGGCUGCGGCGGCGGCGGCGGGAGCCCGGGAGGCGGAGGCAGGCGGAGGCGGGCGGAGGGAGGUGGCGGCGGCGCGCGGAGACGCAGUAGCGACAGCGGCAGCAUGUCGGCCGGCGGAGCGCCCGUCCCGCCGCCCCCGAACCCCGCCGUGUCCUUCCCGGCGCCACGGGUCACCCUGCCCGUCGGCCCCGACAUCCUGCGGACCUACUCGGGCGCCUUCGUCUGCCUGGAGAUUGUGCUUGGGGGACUCGUGUGGAUCCUGGUCGCCUCCUCCAAUGUUCCUCUACCUCUGCUGCAAGGAUGGGUCAUGUUCGUGUCUGUGACGGCUUUCAUCUGUUCCCUCCUCUUCCUGGGCGUGUUCCUCUCUGGCGUGGUGACUCAGAUUAAUGCCAAUUGGAACUUCCUGGAUCUCGCUUACCAUUUUACAGUGUUCGUCUUCUACUUUGGAGCCUUCUUGCUGGAAGCAGCUGCCACAUCGCUGCACGAUCUACGUUGCAAUCGAACCGUGGCUGUGCAGCCGCUCUUGAACGAUAACCAGUAUAACAUCAACGUGGCAGCCACAAAAAUGCCUAGAUCAGAGAUGUAUCAGAGAGACAACCAGCAGAAGAAGGGUGGGGAUAAUAGCAGAAUGAUUUUUGCCUUUGUGACGACAGCUUGUUACGGUUGCAGUUUGGGUCUGGCCUUACGACGAUGGCGACCGUAACACCCCUUACAAACUCGCUGCCUGUGUGUUAGUUUCAUUUGUGUACUUUUUAUGUCUCAUCAAUUUGGAUACCAUUUUGUCCAGAUAUAACAACAUCCCCAAAGUAAUUUGUUUAGUAUAUGGAGAGAAUCUUAAGUAUAAGUUUUGGUUCAUUUCAUGGAUGGAAUUUUAAUUUCAGUAUGAUGUUAAACAGAGAAAUAGCCUUUAGUUUUACAUCUGUCUCUUUCUUUUUCUUAUUUUAAAGAAAAUUUCCCUUUACAUCCAUAAAAUACACAGAUAUUGUUCAUGAAAAAAAGGGGUAUCUCUUGUGUUUAGUUACUGAGUCACCUGAACCUUAAUUUUAAUAGGUAACUAAAACUCCUGAAGAAAAACACAUUUCAAAUAAACUUCCCACUGAACUCUGUGUGUUAGUGUAAAACAGAGAUCGACACUCUUUAAAGGUCCAGAUGGUAAAUAUUUUAGGCUUUGUGGGCCAUUCAGUCUCUGUCACAGCUACUCACCUCUGCUGUUACUACGUGAAAGCAGCCGUAGACAGUAAGUAAAUGAGUGAGUGUAGCUGUGUUCCAAUAAAUUUUUAUUUACAAAAACCGGCAGCAGGCUGGAUUUGGCCUGUGGACUGCAGGCUAUCGUUUGCGGACCUCUGGUGUAAAACCUUGGUUAUGGGUUCUGUAUUUUAUGGAACUGAUCCUGAAAGGUAUAAAGCGAAUUAGAGAAGUCACAUAGUAUUUAGUCUCAUGCAGUAAUUACAUUGCCUUUAGGUUAAUGGUCAAAUACUUACCCUUGAAGGGGCUAUAGUUUCUCAAGCUAAUUCAAGCAGAGUCUUGGGUACAGGAAAAAGUAAUUUAUGAGGUGAACCCUAGUUGCUUAAUCCAUCUAAGUGUUUCCUAACAACUGAGCAAAAUGCUCAUCUGGUGUCCUUAAAAUGAGAGCCCCAGAGACCACUAACCACUCCUGGAACUGGUAUCUAGCUCCUGAUGUCUUACUGUGGGUUUAUUUAUGCUUCAAAUGCAGCUGUUUACCCUGUGCAUGAAUAUACAGAUAUUAAUGUGUGGAUAUGUGAGGCUUUAUCCAGUAGAGCUCUCCAAAGGGUGAACUUUUUACUUCUAAUUCUUUUACAUGACUCUGAGUUAAAUUUGAAUAGAGUACGAAAUAUAACUUAAAGUUGUAGAUCCUCACGUGUUUAGAGAACAGUCCUGACAUCUAUUGAAUAUGAGUAGCACAGAAAAGUAUUUGAACCCUCCUCAGAGACCCUGGUCGUGGUAACAUGCCAAAAAUGGCUUGAAGGGGAGAACAAGUUAGAGUUAGGCCCCCAGCUCACACCACCCGUCCAGACAAGAUACUUAUCUCUUGCCUCAAGAGGGCUACCUCUGGGAAAAGAGGGCUUUUGAAUAUUUUAUACUUUCAACCCUUUGCUUUUUGGCUAAAUCAUCCACUACAAGUGCCAUGUAUAAGCUGGGCUGUUAGAUUUCAUGGAACAUAGGACAAUCCUGAAUGAGUAGCGUAAUCAAUGCUCAAUGAUCAAAUCCUGUUUAUGUGAUAAUCCCUUAGAAAGAAGAAUCUGAUUAGGGUUUGGUUUGUGAUGUAACUACAGAGAUAAAAGGUAUAUUUACUAUGCGGCAAGAGGAUAUCAGUCUUGUGACUUUAUACUGAUGUCAUAGCUUUUCUAUAAUAUCCAACUGCCCUGGUUUUUCUAGCUCCAUGCCACACUCUUAACCCUUGAAUUAUGAAUUGUAUAUUACAGAGUCAUAUAUGUGCCAUAAGGAUAUAUUGUCCAUUCCGGCUAGAAUUGUUAAAAGUUAGUCUGCUAGAUUUAGUUGUGAGAUUGUAUUUUUGUUUCCAAGGUAUAACAGGUCCAUGCUUGGUGGCAUUAAAUUAAAUGAUUUCAUGAAACUGCUUUGGUGACACUUUUGUAAAUGGAUUGCUUCUAGAACAUUAAGAACCAAGCCUAAAACUCAUCUAACUGUGAAUACUUAGAAUUGUAAAUUAAUCACGAUCUAGAUUUGUGAGUUGACUGACAAAGCACUUGAACAAAAAUUAUGGCAUUUGAGAAUUUCUUUAUAUAUCUUAGCUGUAAAAAUGAGGAAGCGUUGGUUGGUUUUAAAAUCUGGUUAACUCCAUGAUGAAAAGAAAUUUAUUUUAUAAGUGUUAUGACUCUAAUAAAGUAUUCAUUUGAUAAUC